AUGUAUCGUCAACGCCAAAAGUCGUCUUCGUCAGCUCGGUCUGAUCUUUCGAAUCGCUCAUUUCUCUCUGCAUCACCCGCUGCUAGCCCCAAACCGAUCUGUUCUCUCCCUUCCCCAUCUGUGUACGGGAACUUGUUGUCUCCGGCCGAUACUCCUCACAAGCGCAAUCGUUUCAAGACACUCUUCUUUGCACCCUCUAUCAGAGAUUCUGGCAUCUCGCUCAGCACACCUACCUCGGAUCCACGGUUUCCUAGUCCUCUUACACCGCCUUGCUUCCCCAUUCCUAGCAUACCAGUCGACGAGAAAUCUUUGGUGCAGAAAGAACUAGAUUUCUUGGUAGACGAGCUUGCUGCCAGAUACGCUUUCCAUUACCGCAGUGACUUCAACACUGCACCAGACCGCUGCGAUUCGCCAACUCUUGGAUCUUCAUCUGUUACUAUGACUUCGAGGCCGCAGUCACCCUUGCCUCCACGCAGGCAGAGCAGUCACCGCAACAGUAGUAAACCUAGAGCUCACGCUUCAUCACUACCCGGUGCAAGCCAUCUCAACUCCCCGGUCGACUUCUCCAAGCGCGAGCUCGUUGUCAGUACAAGAUCAGGCGACGUCAGAAAAACCAGUCCUCGCCCGAAACCUGCCAUCAACUCAUCUUCACCUCUACUAGGACUGCCACAAGUAUUUCGCCGCCUUGCAAUCACAGACCCCCAUAUCAAUGGCCAACCAAUUCGCUUCUUGUCACAAGACUACGUGGCCGGUGCAAAUAGUCUACAAGUAGGCAGCUGCACAUUCAUGAAUCUGCCUUAUGGUGCGGAUGUCGAGUGCGGUUUGCGCGUCGAACCAANNAGCUUCCCUCGCACUGCUUUGAAGACUCAACUUGUGAUCUUGCAAAUCGUGCAGAGGGUUGUUAGAGUAAGAGAUGGAAGCAGUGUCUGGCUUCUCUGCUCCGAAGUCGAUGUUUCUUCUUCGUUUACCCGAGAGGUCAGCGCAGAAUUGGCUCUCGCUGCUUCUGCUUCUUGCUCAAACGCCAGCAAAGGAAAUCAAAAGCAGCGAAGCAGUGACGACGAUAUCUGGACUUCCUUGGCUCAGCAGCUAGAAACAGAUUCUUAUGCCCCCAGCACAACUCGUCUACCCACUCAUGCCACCAAGCCCAGAGACCCAAAAGACAGAAGAUCAACACCAGCGCUAUCGGAUCUCCUCUCUCUGCUAACUGAAGUCCGCUUCCUGCACCGUCAAUUCUUCAUCCUCUCACCAAAAGUGUCAAAGACAGGGGACUUGAGCCUGAGCAUCCCAUAUCUAUCCAGCAGCCUGCAUACCUCUUUACUCUCUUUAUUUUCCCCCAAAGCCCCACAAGUGGAGAACAAAAAGUUGCAAAAUCCUCAUAGCCACGAUACUUCUAUCUACACAGCUUCACUCCAUCCUGGCACUCCUCUGACCAUUUUCAUCAACACAGCGGUCUCACAGGCAAAAUCUUGGCUUGGAGCGUCAACCUCCACUCCCACAAUCCUAAGAGAAGUCCUGAGUUUGCCGCCAAUGGGGAAAACCAAGGAAGGCAUGCAACAAGAACAAAUAGGAAUCUAUGGCGUCAGGGUAGGAGAAUCUUGGGGUGAGGGUAGACAAGGCUUGGGUUGUUGGGUCUGUUUCUUGGUGCCCAAGGGUGUGGAGAAGGAGCUUUGA